AUGUCAUUAGAAGACUCUAUUUGGGCAAGUCCGACAAAGACACCCUCACCCGCGAAAAAAGCCGGGAAGAACCAAUCAAAUGGGCUGGAAACAAGCAUGUGGGCCCAUGGGGAGUAUGAGACGCAUGCCGCUGAUACCGGUAAGAAAUUGGUUUCUGAAAAAGGGCGAAAAUCGUUACCACGGCCACGGCAGGUUAAGGAAACGAAAGAACAUGAUAUGAAAAAGGCAAAUCCCCUUGCAUUAAGGCUUGGAAUGGUUGAUGUCGAUAGCGGUGUGUCAAGUGACUCUGAAGAAAUUUCACGGCCGUCGACAAACGACAGAAACGCUAUUUUUGACCGAAAACCGCAUCGUGUGGGAGAUAAACCCCUGACGCCCAAAAAUCGCACUAAAUCAAACAAGCAGGACCUUUUACAGGCCAAGAUCGGAGAACAGAAGAAGAUUUUGGGUACAAGUAGACACAAACAGCAGCAAGAGAAUCUGCUGUCCGAUUUCCUCAAAGAUGACACUGGAUUUGACUGGAAUGACGAUCUAAAUUAA